AUGUGCCCACCGACCCCCCUCCCAUCAAUAUCCUCUCUCUUCUCAAAGGAAGUCCUGAACCACCACAUGCAGCUCCUAAACCUGAGCCCAGCCCAGCACCACAAAGACACCACCUCCCUAGCCCCCAUAAUCGCGAGCUCAGCCCUGCAGCACCUCGAAUCCGCCGCCCCCAGCGACGCGAGUGCUCUCCAGAUCAGCCUCCUCGCAAAGUCAAGCCCCGAACCCAACACCUCGACAAACCAAGAACUGGCGCUGGAACCCACCGACCAAGAUCCGCGGCUAUUCUUCAACAAAAGCCACACCCUGUCCUGCAUGCUGGAGGCGUGCCUGAUCCCAUUGCCGCUGGGCCGGCUCGCGAAGCCGCUCACGGCUGUGGUCUUCCACUACGAUACCUUCAUCUCGGAUACAAAGGGCGCGCCGUGCGAGGCAGCGUUUCUGGCGUCGCAUCCUGCGGUGAGUGUGCGGGUGCUUUGCGCGCCGACGAAUUUGGGGAGUAUCUUGGAGACGUACGCACAAUUGGACGUGUCGGUGGAGCCGCUGCAGGUGGACCAGAGACACCUGAACACCAAACGGAUGAUGGAUUUGAUGGCUGUGGGCCAGGAAGAUGUCCCGCUGUAUAUGGAGACUGUCAAGCGGAUCCUGCGCGAGAUGCGAAUUACCCAGCAAGUCCGUGGCGGGGGUUUUAACUACAAGUAUUUCAAGGCGCGCGUGGUCAACUCGGGGCUGACGCCCGCUCAAAUGGGCCCUCUGAAUCAACGCUUGGAGACGCUCGAGAGCUUUAUGCCGAGUGCUCAGACUGUUGGUCUUGCACGGACGAAGAAGUCACCCUCGGAUGCAGGCACCGAGUGGAAGCCAGUGCCCGGCCAACUUACCAUCGUCGACCUCUCGUGUCCCUGUAUCUCUCCGGAGACCGCCUGUUCGCUCUUCAACAUCUGCCUGGGGAUCUUCCUUCAGCAGGAUUCUGACGUGGGUCGAGUUUUUGCUCUGGAUGAGGCGCAUAAGUAUAUGAACUCCUCUCCAGAGGCGACAGUGUUCACAGACACGAUCCUGUCCGCAGUUCGGCUCCAGCGCCACCUCGCAGUCCGAGCCAUCAUUUCGACCCAGGAGCCAACCGUCUCAACAGCGCUAUUGAACCUCUGUUCAGUGACUAUCGUUCAUCGCUUCAGCUCCCCGGAGUGGAUGCGUACUCUGAAAGAACACCUAGCUGCUGCUACGGAUUGUGUCAAAGACAAGAUCAUGCCUGACCAGACUGAAAAAGAUCGUACAAGACCGGCUACUCUUUUCGAGAAGAUCGUGCACCUCAACGUAGGGGAAGCUUUGCUGUUCGCACCGAGCGCGAUCGUUGGCGUCGAUGAUGGAGAGAAUGGCAGGCUUGUAUUCUCCCGGCUCGGAGGCGAUCACCUGUCCAUCACGGUCAGGGGAAGGCUGACGGCUUAUGGGGGAGACCUGUUUGUUUGGCUCUCCCGUGGAACGAAAUUCAAGCGGCUUCUAAGUUAUCAUCAAUUUCGAGGACGUGAUUGGAAUAACAGGAUAGCUAUAAGCAAAUGA